UUAUUGAUUGGCUAGUCCCACGUGGUGUAUCAAAUCAAGCCACGCUUCUUUGAGGUUAGAAACAAACAUGGCAUCGGCGAGUAAACGACCACGCAGCGAGCAACAGCGAUUUUCCCCACAAGAAGUAGUCGUUUUUAUUAUGAACGAUGAGAGUGAUGAAGAAAGUAGUGUAGAUUCAGAGGUUGGUGGGAUUUCUAGUGGAGAAGAGUUCGAAUUGAACCAAGGAUUGGAAGGAGAAAGCGCUGGAGAAAAUGACUCCGACUCUGUUUCUGUCAUAAGCUUAGGUAAUGGCGAUAUUAGCCACGAGGAGAGCAGCGAUGAGGGUGCUCCUGAAAUUCUGGCAGCCAACCCAAGACCAGCGAGAGGGAGAGGGGCAAGAGGCCGACAAGCCAGGAGAGUCGGACCAGUACAGAAUCGGCACACAGGACACGGCAGCUAUGAUGACCCAGAUCACCCAAAUCAGCUUCCAGGUUUCUCACCAAGAAGACCUGCUGGCAUUCAUUUAGAGACACCUGUUCUUAGCGGGACUAUGACACGGGCUCUCGAUUUUUUCCAGUUAUUUUUUUCUGCGCAUAUCCUUCAGGACAUUUGUACUCACACUAACGCUUAUGCGAGGCGUGUCAUUGAGGAAAAGCCGUCUUAUGCUGACAAGAGUGGGACGUGGACUGACACGAGCCCUGGAGAAAUAAAGAAGAUGAUUGCCCUAAUCCUCUACUGUGGUCUGGUGGAUGUUAGCUCUUUCCAUCGAUACUGGAGCACGAAGACCCUGUACCACGGGCUUUGGGCCAGGUCUAUUAUGUCACGGGAGCGGUUCAAGGCCCUGAUGGCCAUGUUACAUGUCGUGGACCCCAGUGCUGCUGAGGAUGGAAAUGAUAAACUGAGAAAAUUCAGAACUUUCCUCGACCAUUUCAAGGAACGCUGCCAAGCUCUGUAUCAGCCCUUUCAAAAUGUGGCCGUGGAGGAGCGAAUGGUGAAGAGUGAGCUCAGAUCUGGAAUUAGUCAAUAUAUAAAAAACAAGCCAACAAAAUGGGGGCUGAAGAUAUGGGUGCUAACCGAUAGUAGCAACGGCUACACCUGUGAUUUUGAUGUGUACACCGGAAGAGAUGCUGGACGACAACCCAGUGUUCAUGGAUUGGCAUACGAUGUUGUAAUGACGUUGGUGCAGCCCCUGGUAAAUCAAGGAUACCACCUUUACUUUGAUCAUUUUUACACAUCAGUUCAGCUGGUAAAGGACUUAUUCCGACUCGACAUCCCUUCAACCGGAACAGCGGCAGGGAACAGGAGAGGCUUUCCUGACGGAAUGAAAGAUGGAAAAAAGUGGGCAAAAAAGACGGAGCGAGGAAGCAUGAGAUGGGAAAGGGACGGAGAGUGUUUAGCGUUACAAUGGGUGGAUAAUAGACCAGUCACCUUUUUAUCCUCCAUUGAAGCCGCUAAUAACUUCGUCAUGGUCACACGGAAACAAAAAGUUCAAGAUAAGUGGACCAACGUUGAAGUGAAACAGCCGCGAGCCAUACAAAAUUACAAUCACUACGUGAAUGGAGUUGACAGAUCUGACCGAUUGAUGUCAAGAAACAAUUCUCUUCUGAAGUGUAGGAGGUGGUGGAAGGUGUUGUUUUCCCACGUGAUUGACAUUGCGGUUGUAAAUAGUUUUAUAUUGUUUCAAAUACACAGAGCUGCAAAUCCAGACAACGAUGACCUCAAGCGGCCUACAAAGUAUUCGGUGGCGGAGUACAGAGAGGAGUUGGUCAGGCAGCUGGCAGAGUUCGAGGACUACGGAACACCCCCAGUCUACCGACCCCCCGCUGAACAACAACAAAAAGGGGAAUAUGAAACGGAGCAUAUCCCAAAGGUGUCUGAUUUGAAGCGCAACUGCAAGGUGUGUUAUGCUGCUACGGGAGUUGAGCUGAAGGUCAGGACGUACUGUGGUGCUCCUCAGUGUCAGGUUUACCUUCACCUAACAAAUAAGCUCAAUUGCUUCCAGAUAUGGCACAGCAACAAGCACAAGCACUGA